AUGUCUUCAUCACAUUUUGCCAGUCGACACAGAAAGGAUUUAAGUACGGACAUGAUUAGAACUAAAAUUGCUCAUAGGAAAUCACUGUCUCAGAAAGAAAACAGACAUAAGGAAUAUGAACGAAAUAGACAUUUUGGUUUGAAAGAUGUCAACAUUCCAACCGUGGAAGGUAGAAUUCUUGUUGAAUUAGAUGAGACAUCUCAAGAGCUUGUUCCAGAAAAGGCCAAUGUUAAGCCAAGGUCAAUGAAAACUGUUCUAGGUAAUCAACGAAAACAAAUGCUUCAAAAAUACAAAGAAGAAAAGCAACUUCAAAAAUUGAAAGAGCAGAGAGAAAAAGCUAAACGAGGAAUAUUUAAAGUGGGUCUUUAUAGACCUGAUAUGCCUUGUUUUCUUUUAUCGAACCAGAAAGCCAUGAAAGCUGAGCCAAAAAAGGCUAUUCCAUCUUCUGUACGGAUUACAAGGUCAAAGGCCAAAGACCAAAUGCAACAGGCUAAGAUUGAUAAUGGGAGUGAUGUUCGAGCAAUCCGACCUGAUCAAAGACAAACUUCUGAAAAGAAAGUGUUUGACAAGGAAAAAAAAGUUGUACAGCCUGUAAUGCCCACAGCAGUGAGAAUGACUCGAUCAGCUACUCAAGCAGCAAAGCAGAUUCUCAGAACAGUCCCAUCUACAAGAAAGGCAGUCACAAGAGCUACUAAUGAUGAUGAACAAGAAAGCAAGGCACCAAAUAAUGGAAGACCAGCCACAAAGAUAGAAACAAAACCUGACAAGGUAAUUUCUUGUAAAAUUGAUAGUGAAGAAAAUACUUUUGAAUCACAAAAUAGGACAACACAUAGAAUGGAUCCAGAUGGAGUCUUAUCAAAAAUGGAAAACUUACCAAGGACAAAUACUGCAAAAAUGAAAGGGAAGAAUUCCUUCGCACCUGAAGAUUUUAUGUUUCAGCCACUGGAUGGUCUGAAGACCUAUCAAGUAACACCCAUGACUCCCAGAAGUGCUGAUGCUUUCUUGACACCCAGUUAUUCCUGGACCACUUUAAAAACAGAAGUUGAUAAGACUCAAGAAGCAACAAAAGAAAUUUUGGCACAAAAACGUGAAACUUACUCUACCAGGACAGUACAGCAAGAUUCAAAUAAAUUACAAUGUCCUUUGGGUUCUCUAACAGUUUGGAAGGAAGAGCAUGUCUUAGAUCAAGAUGAAGCUACUACUAAAAAUCUAAGUGGCCUUCCAGUAAAAGAAGUCUUAUCGCUUGAAAUAAAUGAAGGUCAGAUAUCUCAGCCACAACAUGAUGUGCCAUAUUUCAGAAAUACUCUUCAGUCACAAACUGAGAAAUUAACUUCAUGCUGCCUUGAGUGGGACAGGAAGCUUGAAUUGGACAUUCCAGAUGAUGCUAAAGAUCUUAUUCGCACAACAGUUGGUCAAACAAGACUCCUUAUGAAGGAGAGGUUUAAACAGUUUGAAGGACUGGUGAAUGAUUGUGAAUAUAAACGAGGUGCAAAGGAGACUACCUGUACAGAUCUGGAUGGAUUUUGGGAUAUGGUUAGUUUUCAGAUAGAAGAUGUAAACCAAAAAUUCAACAAUCUGACCAAACUUGAGGAAUCUGGGUGGCAGAACAAUAAUAAUACAAGCAAAAAAGUCUUUCGGAAAAAAAUUGUUUCAGAUAUAGGGAGUAAACCAAAACAGGACGAUGGUGGAAGAAUUGCUGCUAGAAAACGCCUAGCUGCCAUAAAAAAUGCAAUGAGAGAGAGAAUUAAGCAGGAAGAACACACUGAGGCAGCAGCCUCUGUGAUACCAAAGGAAGUUGAUAAAAUAGUAUUUGAUGCUGGAUUUUUCAGAGUUGAAAGUCCCGUUAAAUCAUUCUCAGGACUUUCUGUCUCUUCUCAACGUCUUUCUCAAAGACUUAGAACCCCUAAGUCUGUCAGCAGAGCUGUGUCUCAGAGCAGGGCUGAGAUGGGCCUUCUAAGACAAACUACAUCAGAGAAUCCUGAUCCUCAGAGUACCAAAAGUAAACAUGUUGAUAAGAAGACUUUGUUUUCGAAUAUUCCUGAGAGCAGUGUAAUAAAAGAUACUCAGUGUCCUGGAUUACAAGAUUUAAUUGAAGUAAACCAUGAUGUAAAUAAGAUAAACUUUGAGAUGGAUUGUUUACCCAGUGAAAGAAUGAGUUUGCCUCUUCUUGCUGGUGAAAUAGAAGAUGAUAUUAAUACUAACCAAAAAGAAGAAAUUUUACAUGUUGUGGAAGGAAUGGAACUAAAUCCUUCAGUUACAUCACAGGAUGUUUUGAUGAGCAGUCCUGAAAAAAAUAUACCAUCACAAAAUAACAUCUCACGAGAAGAGGAAACUAAAACUUCUCAGUCAGUACAAUUUGAUAAUAAAAGUCUCAGUAUUGAAUCCUACCUUCUUGAUUCACCAGGCCUACACUGCAGUAAUCCAUUCACUCAGGUGGAGAGAAGACAUCAAGAACAUGCCAGACACAUUUCCUUUGGUGGUAACCUGAUUACCUUUUCACCUUUAAGGCCCCUCAGUGGAGAAGAAGAAGAGUUUUGAAAUUAAAAAUAAAUCCAAACAUUUUUCUUCAUAUUAGCAUUGCUAUGAUAUAUUCUUAGACUAUUAAAAAUUUGGAGAAUUUGGAUUUUUGUUCACUUCUGUUCAAUCCAUUUGUGUAGUAUCAUAUAAUGUUUUAAUAUUCAGUUUUCACCAAGGUGUAUUUUAGAUAUGAUACUGUUUCUCAAGGGAAGUGGGGAUAUUUUGUACAUUAACCAUGCAGAAUAAAAAAAUGUACCAUGCCUUGCCUCUUGUUUAAAAUGUGUACACUGAAAGCUGAGUGUACUUAGAUAAGUUGUAUUUUUAGUUUAUUUGAAAUAUAUUAUAUUAAACU